CGAUUGCAGUCCGCCAUCACACUCCUUUUCCCUACUACAAAACUCAGAUCAAAUCAAUACUUGCGUGAUAUCCUGCCACUACCCCUGGUGGAUUGAGAAUAUAAUUAUACGAAAUACAGAAAAUAUCCCCCGCAGGUCUAGAACAAUGGCUGCCAAGCUAAUUGACAGGAAGUUCCACAACGUUCCAGGCAAGCUUCGUGUGGCCGAGCUGUUCUUUGAUGUCCCUCUCAAUUACACCAAGCCCAAUGAGGACACUCUGAGGCUUUUCGCGCGAAGUGUCCGGCGUAUGGUCACUCCUGUCGAGCCCAGUUCCUGCUGUAAUGACGACAAGCAGCUUCCGUGGUUGGUGUACCUGCAGGGUGGCCCAGGGUUCGGAUGUCGUCCGCCUCAAGAAUUUGGCUGGAUCAACACCGUUCUUGAUAAAGGCUACCAGGUUCUAUUCCUGGACCAGCGUGGCACUGGCCUUAGCUCGACCAUCACGGCGCGCACACUGGCGCAGAAAGGCGAUGCAGUCAAGCAAGCGGAGUAUCUGAAGCAUUUCCGUGCCGACAACAUCGUCCGGGACUGUGAGGCCGUCCGAAGAUGCCUCACGACUGACUAUCCCGAAGACAAGCGCAAGUGGAGUGUCAUUGGUCAGAGUUUUGGUGGCUUUUGUAUCACAUCUUACCUUUCCAUGUUUCCGGAAGGACUAUCCGAGGCUUUCAUUUGCGGUGGACUGCCCCCCUUGGUCAAUGGUCCUGACCCUGUCUAUGCACUUACUUACAAAAAGAUGAUCGAGAGGAAUCAGGCAUACUAUGCCAAGUUUCCCGAGGACACUGAGCGAGUCAAGCGCAUUGUCGAGUAUCUGAAGGACAACGAGGUUGCUCUGCCUUCCGGCAAGCUCACUGUCCAUCGAUUUCAGCAAUUAGGUAUCGCCUUCGGCAUGCAUGGGGGUCUUGACAGCAUUCACGAUCUUGUGCUACGUGCCUGGAACGAUCUAGAGGUGCUUGGCUUCCUUACCCACCCAACCUUGACCUCGAUAGACGGUUACGGCGGCAUGGACAACAACGUCAUCUAUGCAAUUCUCCAUGAGGCUAUAUACUGUCAGGGACAUGCGUCCAAGUGGUCUGCGGACAAAUACCGUGCCGGCCUCCCCAUGUUUGACAUCAAUUGGGAACAAUCUCAAUUCUUCUUCACCGGUGAAACGGUUCACAGAGACAUGUUCGAAUCGUACACGGAGCUCCAGCAAAUUAAGCAAGCAGCAGACCUCAUCGCUUCGACGAGCGACUGGCCCAAGCUUUACGAUGAAGCCCAGCUGAAGAAGAACGAGGUCCCUGUCUACGCGGCAACGUACAUCGACGACAUGUACGUGCACUUCGACCAUGCGCAGAAGACUGCCGCCAAUAUCAAGGGCAUCAAGCAGUUCAUCACGAACACCAUGUACCACAAUGCUAUUCGUGCGAAGUCAGAUGAAGUGUUCCAGCAGCUGUUUGCCAUGAGGGAGGAUACCAUUGAUUAGACUAGGUCAAGUAAGUAGUGAAUUAUAGCUAUAUAGGACUCUAUCGUUAGUUGAGCUUCCCCAUCAGAAUUAGCUGGCGUAUGCGAGGCAAUGAGAGAUGUCACCAAAUGAACAGCUAUUGUGUCUUGCGCAGCCUUCAUAACAGCUAUAUACAUCUAUAUGUGAGGCAGAGACGCGUGUUUGAAAUGAUCUGUUCCCGUCU